UGCACUGCACCACUCCAUCGCGGCCAUGGCGGCUUCUUUCCAAUUCCAAUUCCAAUACCUCUUCCUCUUCCUCUUGGCCGCCUCCUUCUUCAGCUUCUUCUCCUCCUCCCAGGCCCAGCCGCCGACCAAUCUCAGUUCCUUCACCUCCGCCGACUCUCCCUGGCGCCCCACCGAUAUUCGCACACUCCUCUCCUCCGACUCCACCUUCGCCGCCGGAUUCCGCCGCCUCCCGGCCUCGCAAAGCCUCUACACCUUCUCCGUCUGGUUCCUCAACGUCUCAUCUCCCGACAUCGUCUGGUCCGCCAAUCAACACUCCCCCAUCUCCGCCGCCGGUUCCUUGCUCAUUUCCCCCACCGGGGACCUCCGUCUCGUCAAUUCCUCCGCCGACCCUCGGAAUCUAUGGCCUUCUCCGGCAGUCAACGGCACCGGACUUUCCCUCCUCCCCACAGGUAACCUAGUUUACGGAAAUUUCCAGAGCUUCGCGACUCCGACCGAUACCAUUCUUCCAAAUCCCCAAAUUAACGAAACGGCGAUCGUUUCCAGGAACGGAAAAUUCAGAUUCGAUUCGAGGCGCCUUGUCUUGAUCAGCAGGAACGAUACUUAUUGGAUCAAUUUAGGCAAUUUCACCUUCAUGAGUUUGGAUGAUUUGGGGCAAAUCGUCUACGCCACCGACAACCGGAAAUAUUAUGCAGCCGAUUACGGCGUUCGCAAGCUGCGGCGACUAACUCUCGACGACGACGGCGAUCUCCGCCUCUACAGCUACGAUUCUCUGUCGAAUCGAUGGAUUGUCGGAUGGCGAGCUCUGUUUCAGCUCUGUGAAGUUCAUGGCACUUGUGGAGAAAACUCCAUUUGCAUCUACGACGCCUCAAAUCUUUCCACCUCCUGCGUGUGCCCUCCGGGCUACCGGAAUGUCGCCGGAGAUACCUGCGUGUUGAAAGUUCCGAUAAUGGACAUGGCUAAGAGCAAAUUUCUUAGGCUGGAUUAUGUCAACUACUCCGGCGGAUCGAAUCAGAGCAAUGUGAUGGCUGGAAGUUUCGCCAAUUGCGAGGCGCGGUGCUUGGCUAAUCGCAAGUGUUUGGGAUUCAUGUUCAAGUUCGAUGGGACGAAUUAUUGUGUCCUGCAGCUGGGGAGGAUGUUCGACGGCUACUGGUCGCCCAACACGGACGGCGCCAUGUUCUUGCGCGUCGAUGAGUCGGAGAUGGACACGGCGGGGAGCUUUGCUGGUAUGAUGAGCAUGGUGGAGGCUGUUUGUCCGGCGGAUAUAACCCUCCCGGUGCCUCGCCAAGAGUCGAAGUCGACUGCGAGGAAUCUUGCCAUCAUUUUUGCUAUCUUUGCAGCCGAGCUGUUUAGUGGCAUUUUCUUCUUUUCGAUGUUCAUUAAGAGGUACACCAAGUACCGGGACAUGGCGAGGGUGUUCGGGCUUGAGGUGAUGCCUGCCGGGGGACCGAAGAGGUUUAGUUAUGUGGAGCUUAAGGAUGCGACGGAUAAUUUCUCCAAGGAGAUCGGGAGGGGUGGCUUCGGUGUGGUUCAUAUGGGUAAAUUGAGCGACGGGCGUGUUGUCGCCGUGAAGAGUUUGAAGAACAUCGCCGGCGGGGAUGCUGAUUUUUGGGCGGAGGUAACGAUCAUUGCGCGGAUGCAUCAUCUCAAUCUCGUGCGGCUGUGGGGAUUCUGCGCCGAAAAGGGUCGAAGAAUAUUGGUCUACGAGUACGUGGCGAAUGGAUCGCUAGACGAGUUCUUGUUCCAAUCACCGGACGAGGAUAAGAAGAAACCGAUCCUGGAUUGGGAUAUACGGUACCGGAUAGCUGUAGGGGUGGCGAGGGCGAUGGCGUACCUGCACGAGGAGUGCUUGGAGUGGGUGCUGCACUGCGACAUAAAGCCGGAGAACAUAUUGGUGGGCGAGGACUUCUGCCCGAAGGUGUCGGACUUCGGGUUGGCGAAGGUGAAGAAGAAGGAGGACAUGAUGAGCGUGUCGAGGAUGCGCGGAACGCCGGGGUACAUGGCGCCUGAAUGGACGCGCCCGGACGAGCCGAUCACAUCCAAGGCUGACGUGUACAGCUUUGGGCUUAUUGUUCUGGAGAUGGUGAGCGGGUCCAGAAACUUCUCGCAGCUGGACUCGAAGGUGGCGAGCGACGAGUGGUUCCUGCCGAGGUGGGCGUUCGAGAAGGUGUUCAUGGAGAUGCGGGUGGAGGAGAUCCUGGAUAGUCGCAUCAAGGACAAGUACGAUAGGCGAGCGCAUUCGGAGAUGAUCCAGAGGAUGGUGAAGACGGCCAUGUGGUGCCUCCAGGACCGCCCCGAACUCCGCCCCUCCAUGGGGAAGGUGGCCAAGAUGCUGGAGGGCACGGUGGAGAUCACGGAACCUAAGAAGCCCACAAUAUUUUUCUUGGAGGAUUGAUUGAUUUGACUCAUUCACUGAACAAAUAGACAAUCAGUUUUGAGUUUUUUAUUUUAAAAAAUUAAAAUUAAUAAAAUGUUAAUAUAUAUAAUGAAAACCUCUGGGCCAUUUGCUACUUACUAGAAUUGAAGAUAAACGAGGGUAGAUAAUAAAAUUACGGAUAAAAAAAAUUGAAGAGAGAAUCAAAAUUAUUGUCUUGUUUGUAAAAUAAAAAAUUCAGUUGAGAAAUAUAUAAAAAAAAUACAGCUAUUUGAAUAGAUG